UGGGUUCCGGAAGUGCAACCUGAUGCUUCAGCCCUAGUCAUGUAAGGGCUCUUGGUUAGAAGCUCAGUCUGACAGUCCGAGUGUAGGCGAGACGGCUGGAUACUGUGUUCUUCUGGAGCCCGAGUCCCCCACUCUCUAGACUCCUGACUCCAUUUCAACACCUCCCUCUGUUUAUUUGCAGCUCCUGGUUACCAGUGUCUGUUGAGAGCCAUGGGUGGAGGAAUGACCAAGAUCGUAGAUGGUUUGUACCUGGGAAAUAUUAGAGAUUCUGAAGACAAGGCUACAUUGAACAGGAAUGGGAUUAGGCAUAUUGUGUCUGUUCAUAACAAUGCAAAGCCGCUUCUCCAGGAAAUGACCUAUCUCUGCAUAUCUGCCUCUGACUCAUCAAGCCAGAACCUAAUUCAGCAUUUUAAACAGUGUAUCAAGUUUAUUCACGAGUGUCGACUUCAUGGAGGUGGCUGUCUUGUUCACUGCUUGGCUGGAGUAUCUCGAAGCACAACUAUUUUGGUUGCCUAUCUCAUGACGGUUACAAAUUUUGGCUGGGACGAGUGUCUGUCUGCUGUGAGGUCUGUCAGAUCCUAUGUUGGGCCAAACUUUGGCUUUCAGCAGCAGCUCCAGGAAUAUGAAAUGACAUUAGUUAAAGAGUACAGAUUAUGGCUGCGCCAGGAAUAUGGGAGAAAUCCCUUUAAUGACCAGGACAAGGUACAACAGUUAAUAGCAAAGCAAGAGGAAAAGGAGCAGUUGAGGCAGGUACAGAACCAAUGGAUUAACCGCUCUGAAACAGACUAUCCACUCCCAUACAAAGCCUAUGGAUCCAGCAGCAGAUGGACCAAUAUAUAGACAGCUCUGCAAGACUGUUUCUUUGCACUACAAGAUAACCACUGAACCACAUUUGGGAUUAGCCCCUUAGCUGCUAAUAAAGAGUGUAAUUUGUAAUAUUUGUUUAAUUGCUGAAUUGAAGUCUAUGUCAGCAUUAUAUGUCUCCUCUGCACUGUUCUGGUUGAAAAACUCCCUUGUACCAAAGGGGAAAAGGAUUAUUUAGCCUGAGGUGCUCUAGUGUAUCCAUAUACAUUAUGCACUAAUCUUCUUUUGCACAUUAAUGGAAUAAAAGGCUGUGUACUGAAAUGCCAUGAUAAAGAUAAUAAAAUGGUUUUGAGCUCAAAGCUAAUGUAA